AUGGGGGAAAAUGCUUCAAUUCUGACUGAUAUUCUGGAAAUCGAAGGAUUUGAAAUAGCUCCAGAGUUCACGUACCCUCUGUUUUUCUUGCUUCUGUUUGUUUAUUCCACUCUGCUCUUUUCUAACAUUUGUGUCCUUACACUCAUCAUAAAGGAAAAGAGUUUGCAUCAACCCAUGUACUUUCUUUUCUGUAACCUGUCUGUGAAUGACCUGAUCGGCAACACUGUCCUGCUGCCUCAGCUGAUGGCUCAUGUCCUUUCCACCAAACGUUUUCUCACCUACAACCAGUGUUUGCUUCAGGCUUUUCACAGCCACACCUUUGGAUCUGCAUCGCACAUGAUUCUUGUCAUCAUGGCAAUCGACAGAUAUGUGGCAAUCUGCCACCCUUUGCGGUACAGCACCAUCAUGACAAAUAGGACAGUGAUCAGUCUGUCUGCAACUGCCUGGGGGGUGUCCAUACUGCUGGUGUCUGUCCUCAUAGGUCUCACAGUGAGGUUGCCUCGUUGCAGAUCCCUUAUCCAAAAUGCGUUCUGUGACAACGCGUCGCUGUUCAAGCUUUCUUGUGAGGACGUGUCCAUUAACAACUUGUAUGGCCUGUUUUUCACUGUGCUGUGUUUUACCUGUUCGAUUGGAGGCAUCACUGCUACUUACAUCAGAAUAGCUCUCAUCUGCUGGAUGAAGAAAAACAAGGAGCUGAAUAGCAAAGCGCUGCAAACCUGCACAAGCCACCUCGUUCUUUAUCUCAUUAUGCUCUGGUCAGGGUCCCUAACUAUUAUAUUACAUCGAUUCCCAAAUUAUCCGGAUUUAAGGAAGAUUGCAUAUAUUUUAUUUCAUGUUGUGCCUGCUAAUUUAAAUCCUAUUAUUUAUGGACUACAAACAAAGUCUUUGCGAGACACAAUUACUCAUAGACUCCGAAGGAAAACUGUGAUUUCCAUCUAGCAUGUUUGCUGGUGAAGAUUCUCAGUCAUCCAGGUCAUGGUCAUUCUAAAAAAAAAAAGUAAAAAACAAAGCU